CUUUUUUGUGUAUGUGUGCGUGUGCACCCGCUUUCUUCUUCCCCCGUCAUGAAGGCGUCGCUGUCGGAAGCCGAGAUGGCGGCGCCGUUCGUGUCGUGGUGCAUGGGGGAGCUGCGCGGCACUUUUGGGCUGGAUGUCAGCGAGGAGAUUAUCCAAUAUAUUUUGUCUAUCGAUGAUGAGGAAGAGAUUCGCGAGUAUGUCACGGACUUAAUCCAAGGGAGAGAUGGCCAGAAGAAGUACUUCAUAGAUGAACUUGUAGCCAGGUGGAAACAGUCCCGUUCUACAACUUUGGAUCCUUUGCCGCUGUGUCAGAAAAAGGAUGAUAUUUUGGAUACUCCUCGGCCAGGAGACCAGACAAAGAGAGGAAGGCAUAAAGGAAGAAAUAAACAGGAAACACCUAUUUAUGUUGAAGCCUGCCAGCCUGUAGAGAAAGUAAAAACACCAUUCGAUUUAGCCAAGGCUCAGGAGGUCACCAGAGGCAGCAACUCCUGUUCCUCCAAGAAGAAGGCAAAAUACGUCAAUUUGUACACAAAAGAAGGCCAGGACAAGCUGGCUGUCAUGCUUCCAGGGCGCCAUUCCUGUGAAUGCCUGGCCCAGAAGCACAAACUCAUCAACAACUGUUUGACGUGCGGGCGCAUCGUUUGUGAACAAGAAGGGUCUGGGCCUUGCCUGUUCUGUGGAACUCUGGUGUGCACCAAAGAAGAACAGGAUGUCUUGCAACGAGAUUCCAACAAGAGCCAAAAGCUCUUAAAGAAACUUUUGGGAGGUGCAGAAAACUCUGGGAAGGCGGACACAAGUGACAAAGACUCACUCCAACUUCGAGAGGCUCGACUUAAGUCAGGUCUGGAGAUGGCUGUGAAGCACAAAGACAAACUACUGGAGUACGACAAAACCAGUGUGCGGCGAACUCACGUAAUCGACGACGAGUCUGAUUACUUUGCUACCGACUCCAACCAGUGGCUGUCCAAGCAGGAGAGGCAGGUGCUGGAGAAGCGGGCAAAGGAGCUGUACGAACUGCGGCACGCCUCGCGGCUGUCCAGGAAGAUCACCAUUGACUUCGCUGGCCGGCAGAUCCGGGAAGAAAAUGACAACAUGGUGGAAUAUCACAGCAAGUUGGACGAGACAGUCGAAGCAAUUAACCACGGCUCUCUGGUCAAGGCGAAGCAAAAUCCAGACAGGAAACUUGAAGACUUGGGAGUCUUGGUGAAUCCGCACAUUCUCCAGGCAGCUCCAGUGUGGGUGGACCAAGCUGGUUUGCUCCCACACCGGAAAAUGGACAUUUCUGCAGAGAGUGGCAGCCCCAAAGAUUUAGAAAGAAACCGCCUACGAGUUCAGGAUCGAGAGAUACAGGAGAUUUCAGAUGGCGGCUGGUGUCUGAGCCUGCAUCAGCCGUGGGCCUCCUUGCUGGUCAAAGGGAUCAAGAGGGUGGAAGGCCGAAUUUGGUACACAUCCCACAGAGGCCGGCUAUGGAUAGCAGCCACGGCAAAAAGGCCAACCCCCCAGGAAAUCUCUGAGCUGGAGGCUACCUACAGAAGGUUGCUUCAGGAAGAUUUGGAAUUUCCCAAGGAUUAUCCCUCCAGCUGUCUCCUCGGUUGCGUGGACUUGAUCGACUGCCUGUCGCAAGAGCAAUUUCAGGAACAGGGAAGCUGGAUUCCAAGAUUCACCAGGGAGCCAAGAAAGGGUUAAUGAAGCAGAAAGUAGCCGUGUGAGUUCACAGAUCCUCUUCCUCUUCUACUACAAUGCCCAUCCUACUCGUGGCUCGAGAUUCCAGAGUGGUGGCCCCAGGAGGGCUGAUAGGGAAGCACCGGCACUUAGGAACUGAAGGGUUUCCGAAGCAGAAGAAAACAAAGAAGGAAAUUGCUGUUAUCUUGCAUCAUUAUAAUCACAGC